GCGAGAGAAGCGCAGGCAGGCAGAAGAACAGAGACUUACUUCAAUAAUAAAAACAGUAGGAAACUUUUACCAAAGUUUGAAAUCUGUUGAUGAGCUUACUUUUCUGGUCACAUUGUUUAAACAAUUUCAAGAAGAAGGCAUCGCAGAUCAAGUCUGCCUUAUUACUGUCAGAAGGCGUGAAAAGUCAUUGUCUACUUCAGAAAGUUACGUGUUAUUAAUAUACUUUCUUACAUUUUAAACUUUUAAUUUAAGAUUAAACCUUACCAAACAGUUGUUAGCCUGUAAAACCAUGGCUCCGAUGCAUCCUCCGACGUGCUUAUUAACGUACAGUAAAUAACAAUUAAAGGAACAUCUAAUGGAAGUCCAGUGAAGGGCUCGGCACUGGUACUUUUUGGCACAUGCAGCUUCGCAGUUUGUGGCAUUGUGAAGCUGAGUCUGCUUCUGCGGCUUAUCCUGGGUUGGGGUACGUGUUUGUUCUCCUAAAUAAAGAAGUAAGAAUAAGGAUCACACAAUGUCGGUGACAGCCAGUGAUUUUAUCACUGACGAGGAGUUGGAAGAACUGGGAGAUGAUGUGUUGUCGGUUGCAACUUAUGAAUCUGAUACAGAUAAGAAACCAAAGAAAAAAAAGAAUUUACAUAAACCUCCUCGUUCUCCAAAAUCACCAUAUUUAUCAAACACAUACCAGCAUCCAAAAAAGGCAGCUGUUUGGAGAUCUUUGAAAGGAAGCGGUUCAAUGCAUCUGGAAAAUCCUUCUUCUCGGACUCCCAGAGAAUUGUGGCUGGCCUCACUUAAAAAUGGGUUUGCAACAGCACAGCCUGUCAAAGCAGAAUAUGACUAUGCUCAGGCCCGACUUGUUGCUUCCAGCAGCACUCCUGAAUAUCUAAAAGAAGCACUUGGCAUGAAAAAGCCAAAACAUUCACGAUCUGCCAGCACUGGAUAUGUUCCUGGAACCCCGGACUAUAAAGAGAAGGAGGAUAUGUAUGAUGAGAUUAUUGAACUUAAGAAGACUUUACAGGCCCAGAAAUCUGAAGCUGAUUUGAUGAAAACCAAGUUGCGGCGGCUGGAAGAGGACAACAGCAAAAAAGAAAAACAGAUUGAACAACUGCUUGAUCCAACCAAGGGCUCUGACUUUACUAGGAGUUUGGUUGAUAAAAGAAAUGAUGCGAGUGUAAUUACAAAUGGACUUAAACAGAAGAUUUUGAAACUAGAGCAGCAGUGUAAAGAAAAGGACAAUGUAAUUAAUAAAUUACAGACAGAUUUAAAGACAACUAAUAUUGAAGAAAUGAAGAUUGCAAUGGAAACUUAUUAUGAUGAGAUUCAGAGGCUUCGGGUUUUAUUAGCCAAUACAGAAUCAGCUGAAAAAAAGUCCGAGUUUAAAGACUCUGAGAAACAACAAAAGCUAUUAAACACCACUAUAUUACGACUGUCCAAAAAUAUCAAACAGCUGCAAGAGGAGAAUAAAUCUCUAAAAGUGGACCUAGAAAAAGCAUUAGACAAAGCCAUUCCGAAUACAUCUCGAGAUAAUAAUGAAUUGAACAAACAAAGAUCAAUCAAACGUGUUGUGGAACUGGAAAAAAAGGGGGAGCAAACUAAUCCAAAUAUUUCUAAUGCUGGUGAUCGAACCACUGUUACUAAUGCAGUAGUCACUGUUGUAGAUCAGUUGAACUCCUCAACGUCUAAAGGAACAGACUUUCAACAAGAGUGUACUCGUCUACGAGGUUUGGUUAGUAAACUCAAAGAAGAUCGCAGUGAUUUACAGGAACAACUUUCUGCAAAAGUGUUGGAGAUAAAACAGUUGACAAAUGAAAAAGCCGAACUGAUAAAAGAAAACCAGAAACUUAAGUUGGCUCAUCAGAAAUUAACUCAAGAGUCUAAGGAAGAGAUCAGAAAACUUACUGAAAGAGUAAAACGUUCAGAAGCCGAGGUAAAAGAGGAACGACGAGUAAAAGAAGAAAGUUUACUUGUUACUAGCAAGGACAGAAGUAGAUCUGUUUCACCUGCAGCUAAUUCCCUCCAUGGCUAUAAUGAAGAUCAGAGGGACGAUAGUUUUCGAUCAUCUUCUGCACGCACUCGUCAGCAAAAAUCAGACAAAAAACAGGAAAAGGCUGCUCGAACUAUACAAAAACACUGGCAUGAGGACAAAGAUAAGAGUGAAGACGAAGAUGAGGAGGAUGAUGAUGGUACUGAAGCUGCAAUUUUCAUCCAGUCUGCUUUCAGGGGACAUUUGACAAGACAGAAACAGUUAGGCAGCAUUAAGGGAACAACUGAAAAACAACCCCAGAGACCUCAAAACAAGAGUCCACGGACACUUCAGCAUCAGAGUGAUCGCAUUUCGUCGCAGUCUGAAGAAGACAAUGAGGAGACUGUAACUUUAUUGCAGUCUGCACUUAGGGGACAUCUCUGUCGCUCCAGACAACUAACAAACAGGUCAUCAGAUUAUGAUAUGCCUGGAAGGAAUGGAAGAAAGAGCCCUUCAAUUUCUAGAAAUGAAAUCCAAAAACCAUCCCAAACACCACAGAAGAGAAAUUCCUUAACAUCAUCUUAUAAAAUCAAAGAAACUGCUUUAUCAGAAAGUGAUGAAGAUGAUGAUGAAAAUCUUUCAGAAAUUAGCAGUCGUGACAACCAUGGGAACAAAACAUUGAAUAUGAAAGGAACACCUCGAAAUUCAAGCCCAUCUAACAGGAGGCCUUCUCCAGCUCCAAGACAUAUUCAGAAGCAGUCUAGAAGUGACCCCAUUUUGCCAUCAAAAGAUGAUGUCUCAGAUGAUUCAGAUGACAUUAUAGUAUCACCAGUCCGGCCUUUAAAAAGAAGAGACUCCUACUUUUAGCAAAGACUUGCUUCCAUAAAUAUUUCUGCCAGCUCAUUUAACUAUGUGUUAAACAUAGCUGUGCACUUAACAGGUAAAACCUUACAUAAAAAGAAAAAAAAACUACUUUUAAUUAGUGUAUUUUUUUCUUUUGCAAGUGGACCAUUAAGGUGCUUUGUCAGAAAAAAACAUGUUUAUGUGACCAAAGGAACAUUUUGUGCUUAAUAUACAUAAUUUUGACCUUUUUGUUAUUCUGUUUAACAGAAGACAGCAAUAAGGUAAGCUGGAGAUUGUUUAACGAUCUGUAAACUACAAGGCCAAAUUUUUCCUUUUUAAUUAAACAAGUCCCAUUUAUGCUUGGAUCAUAGUUUUAUUACAAUAAAUAUAACUAUACCAUAAAGCAAUACUAUGAAAUUAAAUAUAAAUAAAGUUUAUUUUUGUGUAAAUUUAACACUUAAAUAAUUACAGUAUAUACCUCACACUUUUAUGAUGCUUAAGGACUUUUUAUUUACAAGUGAAUUGGUUUCAGCAAAUAAUCAAAAAUGAAGCAGUAAACUAUUGAAUUUUCUAUGAGGAUACUUAUUUUAGUCGUCCACAUAUUGUAAGUCAUAUUUGGUGUUAAUAGAUGCCACCAUUUUGGGUGAUUCUGGAAGUGCCUAACCAAGUAGGUGGUCUAUUUUAACAUUGUUGUUAAUUUCUUGUUAUUUAAAAUAUAAAAAGUACAGUCAUAUAUUUUCUACAAAAGAGAAUUUUCUUUUCACUGUUAUUGAAAAGAUCCACAUGUAACUUAUGUUGCAAUUGCUCAUUUAUUUUAACCUUGACAAUCUGCAGUUCCUCAUUUCACAACAUAGAAUGAUAUGUGAUAUACAGUGUGUAUGGGCCAAUCAAAAAUGUUUUUUUAAAAACAAUUACAUUAUUAAUCAUCUUUUUAUGUCUUAUUUAGACAUAAAUUUAUUAUCUUCUGAUAUAUCACACUCUUUGUGUUCAGAGGUUGAUCUCAAUAUGUGCCUUCAAUAAAUUCUUUUUUCUUCAUCAUGUAUGAUUUUCACAAAAACAGUAUAUAUUAUUGUCUCGUAAGAAUAAUAUGUAGUGAUUUAUUCCUGUGGUCUGUUGCCACUUGGUGUUAUGCCAUUGACAUUAAAAUAUGUUGAGAAAUGUUGAA